CAACAUAUCAAUAACAAUCGCUGGCAAUGAUGGAAGUAAAAUCAUCAGGAAUUGCAUCAAAUGAAAGAAGUAACGAUUGCAAACAAACAAAUGAAACGGUGGAGUAUAUUUGUGAAUUUUUCUCUCCAUUACGUGACCAAUGGCCUUUCAUUCAGGAGGUUCUGAUAUGGAGAAAACUAGAAAUAUCCGUCAUUGUAUUCAACAUUCUCAAUGUUGUGUUUUGGAUUUUCUUGACCCCGCGAUUACAGCUACUUGUUACUUUGGCUAUUUUUCUUUCGUUGUUAUGGUUGACACCGCCUAUUAGACAUUGGAUAUUGUCCAACAUUCGGUCCCAAAACCAGUUAUCAAGCGUUGCUGAGAAAUGUGUUGACAGUGAUGAUUCGGGUGAAGUACUCUCUGAAGGAGCUCAAGUCAGGAGUGAAAAGAACAUCACAUCUUAUUAUGACUUUUGCCAUGGUGUGGCUGUGGUUUGGAGCUUUUUAAUCACAUAUUGGAUAAAGUUGAAAGCUUUAAAAGAGAAAAAUGCAAAACAAUUUUAUCUGGUAGUCUCUUUGCUGGUUGUUGCUUUUUCUGUGAUAUAUGCCCGCUUUCCAAUUGCAAAUAUUCUAUACAUCAUUGUGAUGUUUCUUUACUUGUGGCCUGCUGUUGUAUUUUAUGGCAUCAAGGACAAAGUGCUUGGGAAAUUUAUAAAAUUGUUCACACCAUUUUUUACACAGUGGCAAAGUAGUAGGACAAAACGGAAGAGGGAUACCCACCUUAAAGAUCAUCAAAAAUUCUCAGAUGUCAGUGAUGAUGAGGAGGACUUUAUCUUAAAUUCAGCAGAAACUGAGGGAAUCCAUAGGUCACAUCUCUCCCCAGAGGAAAGAACUAGUCAAGCACAACCUGCAGGUCCUCCAGACAGCGUAAACAGCUCACUUACAUUCAUUGACGGUCUUGAAUUUCCUUCGAUGAGAAGAGAUAGUGUGGAAUCUUUCAAUUCAGAUGAUUUUGUUCAAGGUUUAAACUUCAGUGGUAUAACACCAGGGUUUGGUUCACAUCAUAGUUCAAUGGACUCACUUCACGAUACAACAUCUUAUUCACAAAAUAACGGAACAAAUCAAAACGAUCAUUCACAAACCAAUGUUGAAAAUUGCAAUCCUCUGCAACCGGAAUGCGAGCCAGAGAGGAGGCAAAUAUUAGAGGAACAAUCUCGAUCCGAAGUUCGGCCGCCUAGUUUGAGAAAGAGCAGUUCAGAUGAUGUGGAAAGUUACGAAGUUAUUGAUACAUCAGAAAUUCAGGUUGAUUUUAGCAAACAAGAACAACAGGGCCAGGCCCAGGGGCAAGAUGAUUCCUAUAUUGCAUCAGGUACAGCAUACAUGGGAAAGUUCUUUGGCUAUUAAAAAAAUAUUUUGUGUAUGUAACCGCGAAACGUUCGACUUAGUUUCAUCCUGUGAUUCAUUAAUCAUUCAACUCCUACUUUUACUGCUAUUUUCUACACAUCAAUCGCUUGAUUAUAGUCCAUAGUUGCAUGAAAUAAUGACUACAGAAUAUUGAACGUUUUGCGUUUUUAUUGUACUGCAUGAUAUAUCGGAUUCAGUUACCGGCUAUAUAUAUUUUAUAAUGUUGUUUUCUAUAUAUUCACAACGUUAGUCGGGUAAUGUAAAUGUUAAUAUGUAAAAUUAUAUAACAAGACUGUGUAGGUUUUAUUUUAUAUACAUACGUAAGAGUACAUACAGUAACUUUAAAAGCCAUGUACAGUACAAUAUGACUAUAUAUAGCUACCAUAUUUAAAACAAGUUGGUUUUGUAUAGAAAAGUAAAUAAAAAUUGUAUUA